AUUAUUACCUCCCAAAUUUCCUUCUCACUUUUUUCCCAUCCAAAGCAAACGAAGAGGAUUCCUUUUCAAAUUUAUCUGAAAAUCUGAUUAGGAACUUAUGCUAUUGGUUUUCUGUUUUUUGAUAAUUGUGCUGUUCGGACAAGCUCUGUCACCUCUCACUUAGCGCAAUCAAUACGUAUCAGGGCUGGUGAUUUGGUUGAAGCAAAAGUCGAUUAGGACAGGAAAGUUCAGAUAUGUCAGCUCUGUUCAAUUUCCAUUCCUUUUUGACGGUGGUGCUAUUAUGGAUUUGUACAUGCACUUAUGUAAAGAUGCAUUUUCCGGCACUUCUUGAACAAAGAACUGGGUUUCGAGGCUUCUUUUGGAAGGCUGCUAGAAUAGGUGAGCGGUUGAGUCCUUGGAUGGCUGUGGGCUGCCUGACAAUGGGUGUUUCCAUAAUCUUCUUCUAAGCGAACAUUUACUUGAAACAAAAAAUUUACCUUGACCUGGGAGCUAAUUUUUCUGCUUCAACUUAUUUUUGCAUCAAAAUGCUUCUUUGAUCAAACUUGAACACUGAACCAUUGUGACACUACUUUGAUCUGGAACUAAGCUUUUUUAGGUAAGAUGGUCUUGUUUAUGAGGAGGAUCAUUGUUAACGACGCUGGCUUUUGUAACACACUCGAUAUCUUUAUCUGCUAGUGAAUCCAAUAGAUUUUGAUGCUA